AUGCCUUCAGCCGCUAGGUUUGAAACAGUAUCCGCACGGCUUAAGAAUCUUUCUGGACUUGAAACCUCAAUCCCGCACUUGGCCUGGGCACUCACGCUCUAUCUGUUCACCAGCGAAAAAAAUGUUCAAUUUCAACUAUACUCGCAAGACUCUGUUCGAGCACUCGAUAUCCCAAUUGAUACCGAGAAGAUCGUAUCGGAGGCCCUGGUAGAGAUUCGAAGCCUCCUUAAAACCGCCUGUGUCAAUUGUGACCCGAUUGCGAGGUCAAACGACUGGAAGUCCAGGAGUCUUUUAGAUAUGACGAUCACGAGGCCCUCUGACCAGGACGGAACUGGGGCGACAGCCCCAGAUUUGGUGUCCCCGAUGAUAUUGAGAUGCGACUUAGCAGAGAAUUCGACUGAGAUUAGCGUCAUUGUCGGCACUGAUGGACCCCCUUCAUGGCAGGCACAGCGAAUGAUGUACCAAUUCAGUCACCUCAUGAAACAGCUUCAAUAUUUCCCAGAGAGGAAGAUGGUAGCCUUACUCAGUCUGUGUCCCGAAGAUCAUUCCUGGAUUGAUAUUCGAAAUGGACCAAUGCAUCCCUUGAGUCGGAUCGAGAUAUGCAUUCAUGAUCUGAUCUCAUCCCAAAUUGCAGCACAGCCUCAGAGUGAAGCAAUUUGUGCCUGGGAUAUCAAAAUGACAUAUAGUGAGCUUGAGGCACAAGCAAGGGCACUCAGCCUUCGUUUGAUUCAGGCUGGGGUGGGUCCAGAAGUCGUGGUGGCAGUGCUCUUCGAGAAGUCUGGUUGGACACCAGUCGCAAUGCUUGCUAUUCUCUAUUCUGGGGCUGCGUUUGCCCUUUUGGAUGCAUCAUUCCCUGAUGGGCGGCUGAAGACGAUGUGCGGUGAUAUUGGUGCCAUGGUCGGGGUUUGCUCUCCUCAAUAUGCCGAUCGCGGUAAAUCCAUUGGGCUGCAGCAAGUUAUCACUCCAAGGAUCACUGCUUUGAAAGCCUCAGAUACCAUCCUGCACCGAACUGUUCGUCCGAGUAACAUGGCAAUUCUUGCCUUCACAUCCGGCUCUACAGGCAAGCCGAAGGCCACUGUGAUCGAACAUGCUGGGUUUAGCACAAGUUUAAUAGCAACUGCAAAGAAAAUGAAUUAUCUUCCCACCUCACGCGUCCUGCAAUUUGCAUCAUAUGGGUUUGAUCUCAGCCUUUGUGAGACUCUCGGGGUGUUGAUCGCGGGCGGGUGUGUUUGUGUACCAUCGAAUCAAGAACGCCUUCAGGAUCUGGCGGGCGCCGCUCGACGUUUAAAUGUCAAUUCAACCUUCAUGACACCUGCGGUCCUACGAACAUUCAACCCUGAUGAUUUUCCAACCAUAUCAACGGUAGUCUGUGGAGGCGAUAAGAUUGGCAUUGAUGACAUCCAUUCAUGGGCCGAGAAAAAGACCUUGACCAAUAUCUACGGCCCUUCCGAAUGUAGUGGCCUUGGCUCAUCAUUUGCGGAGAGCAUUUCCUUCACGCCAGAUACGGCGAACAUAGGGUACCCAAUCGACUGUUGUCGCUUCUGGGUUGUGGAUCAGGAUGACAACAACCGGCUAGUACCUGUCGGUGCUGUCGGAGAAUUGAUCAUUGAAGGUCCCAACGUCGGACGUGAAUACCUCAACAGACCUGAGGAGACAUCAAAAGCGUUUUCUCAAAAUCCACCUUGGAUUCGUCCGUUUCGUACGUCGCCGUGGAGCUUUUAUCGCACAGGUGACUUGGUGCAAAUGGUAUCAGACGGAUCAUUUCGCAUACUGGGACGGAAAGAUAACCAAAUUAAGAUCCAUGGGCAACGAAUUGAGCUCAAGGAAAUUGAACAUGUCAUUCAUGAUGUAUUGCCAGAGUCUCAGCGCGUGAUCGUGGUCGUUGUGAACCGCACAUCUCCCGUCCUCGUUGCCUUUCUUUUGGGAAUGAAUGGGGAUUCUCGUGAGGGGAAAUCGGCCAAUUUGACGUUCCUCAAGCCUUCGAAAUCUUUCCAACAUGCAUGUCGGGUCGCUGUUGCUACUCGUCUUCAGAGGGAUUUACCGCAAUUCAUGAUUCCAAAAUUGUGGAUCCCAUUGGACAAGCUGCCACUCACACCGAAUGACAAGUUGGAUUUUCGUCGACUAUCAGCAGAGGUGGCACAAUUCUCGUCGGAAGAGGCGUUAGAGUACACUCUCUUAUUGGGGAAUCGCCGUACCGUAGCUCAUAACGAGAUGGAAAAUCGAAUUCAGUGCUUGGUUGCGCUGGCGCUGGGUGUUGAGCAGCAGCAAGUUGCUCUAGAUGCGAGCUUCUUUGCCCAGGGAGGUGAUUCGCUGGCUGCAAUGAGAAUAUCCGCGUUGGCUCGCAAAGAGAACAUCGAGCUAAGCCCACUUGCUCUUCAAGAGGCGGAAUCGAUAGCCAAGCUGGCUCAAAAGCUUGACAAAGAAAAACAGAAACCUGGUUGCAAUGAAAAAUUCGCUCCUGAGUUUCUUCAAGAUACCGACGGCACUAUCCUGAAGACGCUCUCGUGCCAACUUCCGGGAAUAGAAUCCCCGAAUAUCCAGCAUAUUCUUGCCGGCACUGAAACGCAGGAGUAUUCUCUUGAUAUGCCGUGUGAAUAUUUUCAAUUAAAUCUUUGCGGAUCGCUGGAUAUCUGUCGAUUAAAGUCAGCCAUCAAGUCGCUCCACGAGCGACACGAAAUCCUCCGGGCUGCUGUGUUCUCUGGCCACACACCGGCCAGAACGUACCAAGUCAUCUUACGGGAUUUCGAGCCUCAACUUGAGAUCCUUGAGAGUACCGAACCAGCAAUUCAGGUUGCCGGCCGAUGGAUUGUCAACGACAGUGAGAUGACAAAAGAAAGUCUGCGCGCUUUAUGGCCUCCGUUUCGAUUCAUUCUUGCCUUGAAGGAUGAUGACGCGCGUGAAAUGUCCCUUGUUGUUGCAAUUAAGAACCCGUACUAUGACGGCGUGUCCAGUAUAACCUUGUUUAACGAUUUAGCUACCUUCUACGAGCACGGACCAGAUUCAUUACCGCCGGCCAUGACUUAUGGCGAAUACCAGGCCUUCGCGGCAUCUCUCCCAAUCAGCGAUGCCAUCGAUUUUUGGCAAGAGACCUUGCGAGGUUCAUCGCUUUUUGAUGUGGGACGUUGUCGAGUCCCCUCGCGUUGCCCAGAAGUGUCUACCAGUCGUGUCAUUCCCUUAGUGCAGCCACCUCUGGGCAUUACGCUAGCUACAGUUGUAAAGACUGCCUGGGCGCUGACCCUGGCACACCAAGCUGGUAAGGAUGAUUGCGUAUUUGCGCAAUUCGUUACUGGUCGUUCGCACGGUCCGGCUGGUAUCCAAGAAGUAGUCGGGCCGUGCGUGAACUUCCUCCCUGUGCGGGUUUCGUUGGCCGGAGAAAAACCAAAUCUAUCGGCAAUGGAGGUGAUGGAGGCAGUACAAUCGCAACACGUUAAGUCACUGUCCUAUGAAACCGUCGAUUUCUUUGGGUUGGGAGAUCAAUGCACAGAAUGGGGCUCGGAUGCCUUGAUGGAGACAUUUGUUUUGCAUCAGAAUAUCAAAUUUGAUAAUGAAUAUCGUCUUGGGGAGGCAGUUGGCAAGCUUGAUUUGAUUUAUCCGGGGGUUGAAACGGAUGGGUUUGUUCUCCAUUCUGUUCCCCGCGUCGAGGAUCAUGAAUUCCGCCUCUCGGUUCCCGAAGGAGUGCUUGACCUCGCCACAGUCAGCCAUCUUGUUACAGAGACGUGUUACUGGGUGCAGACACUCGUAGCCCAUUUGAACACGCCUGUCGUCGAUUUAAGGACACAGAGAAAGGCUGACCUGGACACGGCAAUGAACUGUGAAUGA